GACUUUCAGGCUGUGAGAGGGGCAGCCACUACCAGCGGCAGGGUGUGAAGGCGGGAGGACCCUCCGUUCCCCAUCCCUUCCCUUCCCCUCUCCUCUCCUCCCCUCCCUCUGCCCCGCGAAAACCUCAAGAACGAUGCGUACGCUCAGCGGCGGCUGCGCGUUUGCCAUCGCCAACUGCGCGUCUCUGCCCGUUGCUUCCGCCCUGCGGUCACCGUCGGCCACACUCUCCUGGAGAAGCGCAGGCUGCAGGAGGAGGAGUAGGCGGCAGCUCAGUUCAGCUCGCGCGAGCACGGAUGAUUCCGGUUCCGGUGACAGUGCCGGUGCUGUGGCGGCAGAGGCGUAUACCGUGGGAGACAGCUUGCAACGGGAGGAAGGCGGCAGCGGAGAGGGAGGUGCUUCGGCUGAGUCGUCGGCUGGGAAGCAGCCGCCUCCCGUCAAUCCCAAGAUCGAUAAGGAGCUCAAGAAGGCAGUUCAGAAGACUGCGGCAACCUUUGCACCGAGGGCGUCCACGAAAACAAAGAAUCCUGCUGUCCCUGGAUCUGCCCUGUACACUGUCUUUGAAGUUCAGGGAUAUGCCUCCAUGCUGAUGGGUGGAGCCCUUUCCUUCAAUCUCGUGUUCCCAUCAAAUGAGCCGGACAUCUGGAGGUUGAUGGGAAUGUGGUCCAUUUGGAUGUUCACUAUACCUUCACUUCGGGCCCGUGACUGCUCAAACAAGGAGAAAGAGGCUCUCAACUACUUGUUUCUCCUGAUCCCCCUGGUCAAUGUUAUUAUUCCAUUCUUCGUGAAAUCCUUCGCUGUUGUCUGGUCAGCAGAUACGCUUGCUUUCUUCGUGAUGUAUGCAUGGAAGCUUGGAUGGCUGCAAAGGUCAGAGUAAAGAUCUUUUGUGUGCUUUCUUCGUGAUGUAUGCAUGGAAGUUUGGAUGGCUGGCUGCAAAGGUCAAAGUGAAGGUCUUUUGUGACUGAGAAAACAAUUGAUCCGCAAAGCUUUGCUGGUCUUUUGGAGGGGACCGCUAGAUUAAUUUAUUUUCAAGAUUUAGUGCAUAUAACCUUUUAUAUGUUGUGUAUAAGCAUGGAGUAUGAAAAAACAGGCUUUUGACUUUUAUGUGAUAACUAGAUGUACCUGAAGUCCCAGAUUUUUUUUUUUUUUUGUUGACUAAGAACUAGGCAGCUCUAGAUGGGUUAUGAUUUCCCAACAGAUGUUCUCCUGGAUACUAUCUGUUCUUAUUCUGAAAAAAAAAGUGUACCAAAUGGAAUCAAAUGAAGCAGAUGCGCAGCUUCAAAACA